GAGCCUCCCGCCUAGGGAGGGGGCGCCGGCCUGGGACCCCACGAGCCCGGCCUGCGCCUAGCGGAGCCGCGGAGCCAGAACCGCCCCUCCCCCGGCCUGAUGGGCCCGCGUCGGAACGCACAGGGGUCGGGGGCUCUUAGCGGGAGGCAGUGGAGCUGGUUGCCCGCUGCACCUCUCUGGCUGCUGCCGGGCUGACAAUCCUGGUGGGUGAGGGGGCCGCCCAGAGGUUGCCUGGGACAAAGGCCCUGGACUCUUUGAGGUUCCUUCCCCCCACCCUUUCCUGCCCUCAGUGGGGCCCAAUGCCUGCCCAAGCUGUGGACACGCUCCUGCACCAGGCCAGUCCUGCUCUCCUGCCAGGAGACUCCAAGCCAGCGCAGCAGCCAGGGCCCCUCGUAGCCUCAAUGCUAUCUGUGUGGCCCAGCGGCAAGGGCAUCCAGAGGCUGUACUCGCCCAAUCAGACGGCCACGGGCGGGGGUGCGGGGUGGGGUGGGGGGUGGUGUCCUCCCUCCCACCACAAGCCCUACCAAGAGCAAAAGCUGAAAGUCUGAAUGAAUGAAUGGUGAAGGAAUGAAGGUGGGGUGGGGGUGGGGCAAAUACUGGAGGGCGUGAGUCUAAUGGGUCGGGUCUGGGGCCUCACUUUUGUCCAGAGGUGCGGGUGAGGGGACCAUUGUCAUCGUUAUAUAAGUGUCCCCAGGCCUCCCUGCAGUUGCUCAGUGGUGGAGGUGGAUGGGGGAAGGGGAAGGGGAGGCUUCUCUCUCGGUCAGGUAAAUGGGCACCAGCCGCUAUGGGCACAGAGGCCGUAGGAGGAACUCAGGAGGGGUUCCACUGCUGGUUAGAGCUCAGCAAGCCCCUCCGCCAGGUUCUCCGAGCUCUCACCUGCCUCUCCCUCCUCCCCGGUCAGCUCAGGCCCCAGUGAGGGCCACAUUCUCACGAAGGCCGUCCUGCUGGCCUGUGGACACACUCACAGGGCAGCAAUGCCACCAAUACCCACUGAUCACCAUGGUCAGGCUGGGGAGGGACGGUGGGAACCUGCCCCAGGGUCGGUUGGAGGUGUUGGGCUGCGCUGGGGACCAUGGCAGACCCUACUGGUCACUCUGUGUCCUCUGGGCCUGCGGAGGUUAGCUGGGCUGUAGCUCAGCCUCUCACAGCUUCUCCUUCAGGCUGGACAAGGAGGGGGCCCAGGGUCCACUCAGGGCCCUGGUCUGGGGUCUCCCUGGAGACUCCUGGUAACAAACGGCCCCUCCCCUUCUGGGUGCUGGUAUCCAUGGCAACACUGUAGAGCCUUUCUCUCCCCAGGCCUGCUUGGAUUUCAGGCCUCAGGUGAGUGUUGGCGGGAGGGCCCUGGGUCUGAGGGGGACAGGGACAUCACCGGCAAAGGACUAGCACCUUUGGGGACACUUGCACUAGGCUGGGGGGCAGGAUUACAGCUCCUGGAGGGCAAGGGUGACAGGGGGGAGAUGACAAGGAAUGUGUGAACACCCAAGUGACAUGGUGCCAGGGGUGGGGGUGACCUGCUGCCCUGGCCUGGUGAGAAACACGCAGGUGUGGACACCCACGUGACUGGCAGUGUGCUGUCCUGUGGGGCAGACACACACACACACACACACACACACACCCCUUCUUGGAGAGUGACGCCCUGUGAGCCAGCGGUACCAUCUUGGGGCUGCCAUACACACGCACGUGCGCCGGCCAUGUAAGGAGAGCCCUGCAGGGGUGCCCACACACGGGACCCAGGGCAGCCCUACCAUCCUUCCUCUGAGCUCCCUCAACAUCAAGAAUGGACCCUGAGUCUUGUCAGGAGGCUGAAGAUGCCGAGGAAAAGGCUUUCCCAUCCCUGGUGGACCGAGAACUGGUCAGCGGCCACGUGGGGCCCCCAGCCAGCGCCUCUCCUGACCGUGGGGCUCCCGCAUGCCCUCAGGACACCAAGCCCAGCUCCACCAGGAUGGUCUCCUCUGUCAACCCGCAGUAAGGAGGGGAGGGGGGAGGUCAGCCGCUUGGGCCAGGCCAGCCAGAGAGCAGGGCCUGAUCAAGUGGAAGGAGCGCUGGCCUUUCAGGUCUGCCCCGGAGUCUCUGGACCCCCGCACUCUGCGGCUGCUGUGGAGGCAGCGAGAACUGGAGAUCCAGGCCCUGCGGUGGGCGAUCGAGAACCACCGGGAGGCCCGACACUGCCGUAUCCUGCAGGAAGUGGCUGGGCUUCCAGCUGAGAGGAGCUCGUGCAGCCGGAAGCUCUUGCAAAACCAGGUCCAAAAGCUGACUCUGGAGUUGGAAGAGCAGAAGGGACAGGCCCAGCUGGAGAAGGCACACCUGGAGAAGCGGCUGCUGCAGACCAGAAACACGCUGCAGCAGCUGGAGGCAGAGUUGCAGGCCUUGCAGAAGUCCUGCCUCCUGCAGCUGGCCCGCUCCUCCUGGGUGGGCCGCAUGCUGCGGUCUUCCACGGGCAGUGUGGAGGUGGUGACGGCAGAGACCCUGAUGGACCCCAGUGACCUCUCUGAGAACGAUCGGCCCCCCACUGCUGGGGAGGGUUUCCGGCUGGAGAAUGUGGACUGGAACAGCGUCGCCCACCGGUACCCCAACCUCUUCACCAACCUCGAGUCCAGCUCAGAUCAACAGCACCCCUGGGCCCCGCCGCUCCCGGAGCUCCCACCAGCCACACAGCCUGACCAGUGGAACUCAGAGCUGUACUGCCGGCAGAGUGAGCAUCGUCUCAAGAGCGUCGAGUGGAGCUCCCUGCCCCUGGUGGGCACCAGCAGUUCCGGGGGUGCCGACUCUGAGUCCAGCAGCUGCCUGCUGGCUGCACGUUACCAUGUGCAGAAAGUGACAGGGGACCCUCUCCAGGCGCCAGGCCACAUUGCUGAGCAGAAGGGGGCACAGAGCCUCUGCGGGGACAGUCGAGCAACAUGGGAAGGCCGCCUCUCCCUGGAUCUCCGGAAAACCCACUCGGACAGGCAGGGCAAGAAUGGCCAGGAGCCUGAGUCCCGUGCGGAUCCCCACCCCCGGCAUUACGGGCGCUGUCCAAGCCCCACGGGCUCCUGCCUGAAGAUCAUGGCGGUGAGCCACCGUCGGGGGUUCGUGCGCAUCCUCAACCAGUCGCUGGAGGAGACGGCCGACCUGGGUGGCUUCGUGCUGCAGCAGCUGGUGCGCGACUUCCCCGUGUGCAUGUACCGCUUCCCGCCCAGCACGCUGCUGGAGCCAAGGCAACACAUCACGGUGUGGGGCGAGGCGCCCAGCAGCACCAAGCGGCAGCCACCCUUCUCCUUGGGCCAGGAGCCCGUCCACUUCCACUCCAGCCGGGGCUGCGUGACCCUCCUCCUGAACCCCCAAGGCGAGGUCCUCAGCGAGCAUCAGGCCGCUCACUGCGUGACCCCCGUGUGCAGGAUCUUCGCCGACAACACCGACUUGUCCAUCGACCGUUUCCCGCUCUCAGAGGCCCGGCCCGGUGCCGACCUCGCGGAGCGGCAGCCCCUGCCUCGACCCCCGCGCAAGGGUCGGGUGCAGGAGGCCCGGGCCGGGCGCCGGAGGCCGGGGACGCGGGUUCAGUUGCCCCGCCUGAGCACCAGAAAGCUCCUCCGCCAGCGAGAGGUGCCAGGGCGGCCCGAGGGCGCCGCCGAGACCCACCCAGAGCUCCUGCCCUCCAGCCCCAUCCCCGUCCCCGAGGCCGCGCUGGGCCUCGAGGACUGCCAGGCUAGGAAGGAACACAAGGUCCGGGUGAGUGCUGGCGCGGGCGUCCAGGCAGCCCCCGCCCCGCCCCGGCCCCGCCCUGCGGCCACUCAGGCUCCGCCCCCCCAGGUGGGCCGGAAGAGCGUGGACCGCGGCUGUCCGAUGGUGGCGCUGUCGGUGCAGAGCACGGCCGAGAGCAGGUUCGGCUUCCGCUUCCUCAGCUGCCCGCCCAUCACCGCGGACUCGCGCUGGCCGGUGUAGGGCUGGGCGGGGCGGCGGCAGCGGCGCCUGUGCUCCCGCGUCUCCACGACGGUGGCUGCGGGGCGGGGCGGGGAGAAAACGCCGGAGGCAGGCGGUGCCAGCUG